UCUUCUACUACACGUUGACUGGCACCGUCUAAAUCAGCCUUUAAGUGUCAUUUCUUUUUCAAGUAAUAAUUUCCAGUCAUAAACAUCGUUCUGUUUAUCUAUCGUUAUCGUAGGCCUAGAAGGCCAAAAAUACUCAAGUUUUUAAUUUCGUAUUAAAAGUCAUGGGAAAUAAACAUGUCAAACAACACCUUGAAACGGCACAGAAAACUGGAGUGCUGAAAAUAUCGCAAUUGAGGCUUAAUGAGUUUCCAUCAGCUUUGAAAACAUUUCCUAAUGUACUGAAAACAUUGGAUUUGUCCGAAAACCGUUUUAUCGAAAUAUCGGACGAGAUUGGCAGGUUCACUGCAUUGAAGCAUUUGAAUGUUAGCGGAAAUAGGCUGACUUUAUUGCCGGAAGUACUAGGUGCAUUAUUGAAGCUGGAAACGAUCAAUGCCAUGAAUAAUAUGAUUGAAAGAAUACCCAUCAGUGUUAGUCAAUGCAAAAAUUUGAAACAAGUAAAUCUUAGUAACAAUCAAAUAGUAGAGUUCCCCACAAUGGUUUGUGGAUUAAAACAUUUGGAUAUACUGGACGUGUCACGAAAUAAAAUACGGACCAUACCUCCAGAGGUCGGAACGUUACACGCAACAGAGUUGAAUGUUAAUCAGAAUCAAAUUUCGGAUAUUUCGGAAAACAUUGCCAUUUGCCCUAGGCUUAAAACGCUUCGAAUAGAAGAAAAUUGCUUGCAAUUGAGCACAGUUCUAUCUAAAAUACUGAAGGACUCGCAAAUAUGCAACCUGUCUGUGGAUGGCAAUCUAUUUAAUUCGAAGGCAUUCUCUGAACUUGACGGAUAUGACGAAUACAUGGAACGGUACACAGCUGCUCGGAAAAAAAUAUUUUGAGGAUUAUGUUAAAUAAAAACAUUAUGAAACAAUCUUGCAUAGCUAACUUCAAUAUCGUUUUGUUUUCAAUUAACAAAUUGGUGUGUUGCACCUCUGUUCUGAGCUACUUUCGUGAAUACACAAUGAAUAAUUUUCGAAGAAAAGUGCUGUUUGUUAAAUAUGAAUAAUCUAUUCAUAUUUGUAUAUGUGUAAUUUAUUUUAAUACAUGAAUAAAAUUU